AUGCAGAAUGUUGCGGAUUCGUUUGCGAAUUCUGUGAACUUUGCAGUAGAAGUGGUCGGGAUCAUGUCUUUUCACACCAAUUAUGAGAAUAAGUACUCAAGUCUCUACAACAUGGACCAGACGGCCGUCUUCAUUGACCACCACGGAAAAUUAACAGUGGACUCCUAUGAAACACGCAAUAUUGACAUCGUUCAUGGCGCAGCCGAAAACACAGGGCGAUGCAGCUCCUUUGGUUGCAUGUCGGUGGAGCACACAGAGCAAGAAAAGAAAAAGCCUGAUUUGGCGUCCAAGUGUCACCGGGUGCCGCAUGCUACUUUUGGACAGUCUAAAACCUCACAAGAUGGCAAGCAUUCGCGAAAUGCUCGAGACCGAGUGCACGACACAGAUUCAGUACAUCCCACCGGGUGUUACUACCCUAAGUCAGCCAAUGGAUGUCAGCUUAAUGCGGACCUUCAAGAAGAAGAUCGAAAACCUUUACGUGCAAUAUCAUACUGA